UCAUGGGGCGAGGCGCACAAGCUCUUCUGGAACGCGCCCGACACCAGGGCGCGCUUCGAGCAGAUGCGGCCGUUUCAGGCGUUUGCCUGCUGGAACGGCGCCACCGUCUUCAGCGCGAGGCCCAUCGCCGAGGGCUUGCGCUUCCGCACCAACCACCACAAGGCGGGCGAGUGCUUCCAGGGCGAGCCGGUGCUCUUCUGCAAGGACAUGUGGCAUCGCGGCUACGGCAAGAUUGCCGUCGUGCCGAGCGUCAAUCUCGAGUACACGAACAAGAACGGCAAGAGGCUCAAGGAGCUCAAGGGGUUCGUGUCGGACAUUGUCAAGGACCACGACGAGAGCGAGGAUCGCAUCGAGUGGGCUGGGCCGCCGGAUAAGGUGCUCUGCAUGCCGACGUGGAAGGACCAGUUCUUUCAGCGGUGGAACAAGAGCUUGUUGGAGGGGGAGAUGUAA